AACAGUUAUCUUUUCCCUUCACACAAGGGAGAUCUCAUUUUGUUCUGAGACUGGAUACAGUUGAAAUCAAGUCACAUACUGAAGAGACAGUAUGCUGGCUAAGAAGCCCCCCAAACCAGCCCCUCGCAGAAUCUUCCAGGAACGGUUAAAGAUUACUGCUCUACCUUUGUACUUUGAAGGUUUUUUAUUAGUUAAGCGGCCAGAAUAUCAGGAGUUUAAACAUUACUGGACAGAGUUGAGAGGAACUACACUCUUCUUUUAUAUCGACAAAAAAAGUACAAUAUAUAUUGACAAAUUAGACAUGAUAGAUCUUACAUGCCUUACUGACCAGAAUUCAACUGAACAGGAUGGUGCAAAAUUCACCCUUGUUUUGCCAAAAGAGGAAGUGCAACUGAAGACAGAGAACACAGAAAGUGGGGAAGAAUGGAGAGGCUUUAUUCUUACAGUAACAGAGCUGUCAGUUCCUCAGCAUGUGUCACUCCUACCUGGACAAGUAAUUAGACUGCAUGAAGUCCUAGAAAGGGAAAAGAAAAGGAGGAUUGAGACAAAGCCGCUACCUAGUACAUUUGUUGAAAACAAGCAGGAAACAAUUGAAGAUUACAUGGGUGUACUGAACCCUAUGCCAGCAUGUUUUUAUACAGUGUCACGAAAAGAAGCAACUGAAAUUCUCGAGAAGAAUCCUUCAUUGGGAAAUAUGAUCCUGAGGCCUGGAAGUAACAGUGGGAACUAUUCCAUCACCAUCAGGCAGGAGACAGACAUGCCAAGAAUCAAGCACUACAAAGUGAUGGGCAUAGGGAAAAACUACACUAUUGAACUGGAAAAACCUGUGACACUCCCAAACCUUUUCAGUGUCAUUGAUUAUUUUGUGAAGGAGACACGAGGAAAUUUAAGACCAUUUAUAUACUCAACUGAUGAAAACAUUGGCAAAGAACCCAAGAUAGAAGGGAGAAGUGAUAGGCUGAAGAAAUAUCCAGAUAAUGCAUGA